AUCUUUGAAAACAAUGGACUGCGCUUUUGUGGAUCCACUUCACAGCCAGAUUACGAUGAGUUUGAAGUGCAGUUGGCCGGUAUUUUGAGAAAUUUAAGACCGUUUGCGCGACGUGUGGUUGACAGGCACAGUAUGUAGGCGGGGUAACAACACUGUGAUGUAAUGGCAUGAUUGCCUGAUGAACGUGGGCUUCCGUGGGGCAGACGUUGAGAUUUGAAGUUGGCUUGAUGUUGAUGUUUUUAUAGUUCUGAAUCCGCCUUGUGGUGGGGUGGGGGGCAUGAGCGCUGGUGGGGGUGGUGGUCAGCAGUCUACAGACACCAGGUCCAGCGGGUCAGCCGGGUCAGGGUCUACACCGGAGGAGGACAGGAUCAAGAAACUCUUCCAGACUUGUGAUGGAGAUGGGGAUGGAUAUAUCAGCAGACAAGAUCUGUUGAUGGUUUGCUGUCAGUUGAACAUGGAAGACUCAGUACAGGAGAUUAUGGAGCAGUUGGGCGCCGACGACAGAGGCCGCAUCUCGUAUGACGAAUUUGUCCACUGUCGCACUCAGCUGUUAGGGGAGAUAAACGACAUGCUGCCCAGACUGGAACAGCAGCCUGAACCAGAGGCUGGGUCCAGUCUACAUGCAACACACAUGCAGUCCUGGCCUACUGGCAGUGAUAACAGUCUGGGUUCUUGCGGGCCUGUACGCGAGGCGUGGGAGUAUGACUCCGGAGCUCGUGAUCUCAGCCCCGAGCCCAGCAACCUACACAAACUACUGGAGGCUGCCAGUUCCUCCGCAGCCAAUACUGGCGGUACAAAUUACCUGGAGCUGGCUAAUACGCUGCACUUGGCUGCCUUAGCUUCACUGAAGGGAGAGAUUUUGGAGCUGAGUACUAGGUUACAGUCUACCACGAGUGAGCGAGACACAUUGGAGAAGAAACUGGCCAAAGCUCAGUGCGAGCAUGUCCAGCUACUCCAGCAGCAUGAGGAUAAGUCAGACGCGCAGGCCGCACGGUACGAGGAGCGCAUUACUGAGCUACACGGUGUCAUAGCAGAGUUACGCAAAAAGUUAAGCAGAGAGCAAGAUGCCACAAUAAGAGAAGAGGAAGAAGAGGAAAACGUAUCUCAAGUGAGCCAAGAAGACAGUAGCAGUAGUGUCAGUGGCCGUUUUAAUUUCUCAAGAACUCUCCAAGACUCCAACACCAAGGGUGACGACCUGAGUGUCCAGUUACAGAAGGUCGUGAGCACUUUAGAGAGUACCAUCGAGGGACGGCGACUGCGAGAGAACAGUUCGCAAAGUUUCGCAGACGUGGAUAAACAAGUGGAGGAACUAACGUCGGCAAGCUGGCAAAUGGAAAAGAAUGCACAUGAGGCAGUAAAAGAAGUGGAGACCCUGAGGUUAGAGCUUGGUACACCACGUAAGGCGCAGUCUGCGCGGUCGUCCUGGGCCGUGGGAGACGGUAGUCUGGAGCAUCAGCUGUUGGACGUGAGACAAGAAGCAGACAGUCUGCGGGGAAGUCUGCACAGUAAGGAAGAGGAGCUGAACAAGAUCCGGGCAUCUCUGGGCUCUGUGAGAGAAGAAAGGGACCGGCUAAGGCGCAGGGUGCGGGAGUUACAGACCAGGUUACAGAGCGUCCAGGCGUCGGCCAGUCCUCCAGCCCACAGACCCUCCCCCUCCCCCAGCCCUGGGGACUCCUCCUCCACAGAACUGCCCAUCCCCAAGGUCGCUGAGCGGGUCCGACUCAAGUCCUCCAGGGCUGUCCUGGACAGACAUGUGCUGGGUACAGAGCUGACCUCUAUGGGGGUGGAGAAUGCGAAGGUGGCGGAACACCUGUCACAAUCAUUACAGGACUGCUCCAGCGUACAGGAGAUCUUCCAGUCGGUGUAUGCAGCGGGGAGUCCCAUGGCUGACAGCAGGGGCAGGGAGUUUGAGGUAGAGAUUGAGAGGCUAAACAGUCGUAUCGAACACCUGAAGUCACAGAAUGACCUCCUACAGCUGACCCUUGAGGAGAGUAAAGCCAAUGCAGACAGGUUCAGUAUGUUGUGUGGGAAAUAUGAGUCCAACAACACGGCUCUGCAGCUGGCCCUGUCAUACAGCGACCAGAUGCUAGAGGCCCUCGAGGUACAGCUGGCACUGAAGGAGACUGAACUGGGCUCUGUCCUGGCUUCAUGUAGAGCUGCAGGACUUGGGGCAUUUGGUGACGGUGACACAGAUCCAGAAGAAGCCACUGCGAUGUUGAAGCGAGCCCACGAUAAUCGCAAGGCUGCAGAAAAUGUGGCCAAGCAGCUGUUACAGAGGCUGGAUCGUAGCUGUGGUGCCAUGUGUGGGGUACAGGGGUGCACUGCACAGCCAUGGGAGGACCUGUCCUCUCACUCACAUACAAGCACGACCAGCUCCACUGCCAGCAGCUGUGACACAGACUUCAGUAAGGAGGACGAGUCUCGGCUCAAGGACUACAUCCAGCAGCUGAAGAACGACCGCGCGGCCGUGCGCCUGACCAUCAUGGAGCUGGAGUCUGUCCACAUCGACCCCGACCCGCUGACCAUGGAGCUGGUCAACCCCAGCGCCCAGCGGCUGGACCUGGAGAACGCUGUGCUCAUGCAGGAGCUGACCGCCAUGAAGGAGGAGAAGGCAGAGCUGAAAGCACAGUUGUAUCUCAUGGAGGAGGAGAAGGCUCUGGAGCUGAAGAUCACGUCUCGAGAUGCCCAGGAGCAGGCCUAGGUGCAGAUUGACCAUCUCCAGUCUGAAGUCAAGGAGCAUCAAAGGGUACAGGACAACCAGGGUGUCAGGGGCGGUACCCUGUGUACGGAAAGGUGCGGGAAGUUAACUAAGUGUAUAUUUCAGGUGGGCGUCCCAGCACACACAGCCACACCUAUUACGACGUUAGAAGAGCUGCGUGUUCACGUGGGGGGCGACACCGAGGUCUCACAAGCCUUGGCAGACGUGCUGCGCCGGGAAAAACGGCUCAAGGCGCGCAUCCAGGAACUGGUGACCACCUUGGAGACGGUGCAGCGUAACAACGAAACCAGGCAUCAGCAGUCGGCGGAGUUUGUUAACGACCUUAAAAGGGCAAACAGUGGUCUUGUUGCAGCUUAUGAAAAGGCAAAGAAAAAGCAUCAAAGUCGGCUGAAGAAACUGGAGUCCCAAAUGAUGGCCAUGGUUGACAGACACGAAACACAGGUGCGAAUGUUAACACAGAGGAUAGCACUCCUCGAGGAGGAGAAUUCUCGACCACAGACCAACGAAACCUCCUUGUAGCAGCAUUACAAAAAACAGAAGUGGAGGAAUUUUCAGUCCUCAACUGCUUAGAUGGCUUUGGUGAAUUUCCCCCAAGAGUUUCAAAUGCAUGAAGUGGGAGUUGGAUGACAUGUAGUUCAUCACCCUGACAGUAGGGGGAGCUGUUUUGAAUCUGACUCUACAUGACCACUAAGUUAAGCCACACCAUUUGAUCAUUUUCCUUUGAUACUUACUGUCACAUGUUUCCGAAUUUGGCAAGAGAAUGAACUGACUCCAAUCCCAAAGCAACUGAUGUCCAUGCCCCAUCUGUUGUUUUUGAUAACUGUCAGAUACGUUAAUGCAAUGAAUUAGUAAGUAAAAAUGCAGAUGCCAAUUGCAGUUGAUAAGAUGAUUUAUGACUGGACAACUUUGCAGUGUUACUGGGCUCUCUGCACCCAUUCAGGGUGGAGGCAUUUUUGUGUCUUAUUGAUCAGUUACUGUUUCAUGUUCUUCUCAUAGAACAACAGAUCACCUCAUUUUCCAAUAUGUAAUGAUAUAUUUGCUAUGUUAUGUAUAUUCUAAUGCUAAUUCUGAUUAUCAAUUUAAGCAGCAAUAUAUUUCUUAAGAGUCAGGAACUUUGCAGUAGGGAGGCUGCAUGUCUUUGUAUGGUGCUCAAUGAAAGAAGAAAGUUCUGUUGUCUUCCUUGGCUUCUCAAGCUGGCUAAUUGUCUUGAGUAGUAAUGUAUCAUAUACCCCAAUGUUGCAUGUGCAUGGUAUGUUUCAAGCAUGUUCUUCUCAGAUGCAACAGAAGUGAUUGCCAUAACUUCUGUAGUACAGGUUCGUUCUGUAGCUUUGUGAGUCAACAACUGUAAAUGCUGAAGACUUCAGUCAAACCCAGGGCCUCUGACUUGCACCAAACAACCGUGUCCUAUUAAGACAUUGUAAUUCUAUUUAGGAUGGAAGUGUGUCUGUGUGUUUACUACGAAACUUGGUCAAAUUUAGUGAGGUUCAUCCCAACAUCAAGAAGUUGCUAAAAUUUGGAGUUGUGGUAUCUUUGAGUUCAUGGUUGAUACUGUUACAAUGGAAAUGUGACAGCAAAAAUCUUGUACUUAAAAAACAUGACAUAUUUCAGGAAUUACAGUAGUUAAUGGUGCUUCCCUUCAGUCUCUACAAUGCUCACAAAAGUGCACAGUGCUGGGUGUGUCUUUAGGCCCACAUUCUACUAGAUGAUGAUUGCUGAGUGGCUCUCGAGCAACCAAAAUGGAUUUGUGUGAUGAAUGAUUUUGUAAUUGGUAUAUGAUGCACAAUGCAAAAUACUGACUUGAAAGACAACAAAACACAAAAACACAUUUUAAGAAUUGUUUUAAGAAAUUUGUUGAGCAAUCUGUCAAAUAUUUGGUCACUCAUUUUUGCUCAGUGGUUGCAGACUGGUGGAAAGUGGAUGUAAUUAGAAAGGCGGCUAUCACAAAGAGGUAUUUUACCAAGCAUGUAGAGAUUGUAAUAGGUAUUUCUUCAAGUACAUCUCAUUUUGUUAAGUUGAAGACAUUCAAUAACCACUAACGCAUGUACAUGUACGAUUCUAGUUUCACCUUCGAUUUUACCUUUGCAAUAUAACUAUUUCUCAAUUAUUUAUUCUCAGACAGGCGUAUACAUUAUAGCAUAGCCAUCUGAGAUAUCUUUUAGUUAUUUCACUUUAUCGUAUACCAACACGGGCAUUUACAUGUAUUUUUGAUGAAGAUCUUGUAUUGGGAUAUAUUUUUUGAUUCAAUGAAUUGUGGAAAAGGCUUUGCAGGAGUUGCAAGACUGACAAGGCAUGGCGGAUAUUGUGCAGUAUGUUUGUGCAGUUUUUACAUUUUAUGUAAACUUUAAGUAAAAUGCCAGGAAACUACA